AUGGACAAUUUACGGCAGCUGGGCAUAAAGGGAGAAUAUAUGCCGUACGAUGCGAAUCUACCUGUGAGGCUACCGAAGAGAAUUGGAGGACGCAUGGCAUACCGGUGCGACUGUCCAAUCACGAUCCUGGGAAGACUAGAAGCUAAGAUGAUCGGUAGAGCGCUGCACUCCAAGAACUUACUGCCUCAGCGGAUUUUCGUCUCCCCGGCCAUGCGCUGCAUCGCGACCGCCAGAGGGCUGCUGAAGGGACUGCAGAUGAGUGGCUUGCGCAUGUGCAUCGAGCCUGGCUUAUGCAAGGUAGACAAGAAGUACACGCCGGUGAUGACCAGAGAGCAAGUGGAAGUGUGCCAGAGCGAAAGAGUACAACAAUUCUAUGAGCGUUGCGGAAAAGUAGUUCGAAAACUUCUUGAAAAUAACGCAGAUGUCAAGAGCAUGCUUUUGAUCGUCCACAGUUCAACGAUGGAUGCCAUUUCUCGCGAGCUGCUAGGUCACCGACCUGAAGCGCUUAGUCGUUCACAAAUGGAGCAAAUGGGUUUCUAUUAUCCGUACUCAGCAUUUGUCGCGUUCGAAGAGCAGAAGGAGGACAACACGUGGCAUGUGAUUGACGAUGCGCUUCCUCCAUUGACUUGCCGCAAAUUCUCCAACUGUGUGGACAGGGCUUUUCUUGACCGCCCAUGA